AAACUCCUUCCCCGUCGCCAGCAUCUACACAUGGCAGUACGGAGAAAUCAGCCUCGGCAGCAGGCAGCCCAAAACUCUCAGACAGCACCCUCGGCAUACCGCCAAACGGAUGCUCUCACAGAAUUCCAAACAAGAAGACUGAACAAAAGGCUUGAAGAAUUAGAGGUAUAUGCCUACUGAAAGCGCUGAAUGGGAUACCAUGCUGACACUCUGCGCAAGAGGACGAAUCCGACCGAUAUUCCUGCAUCCUCUUUCGUCCCCGGCAAUGUGCAAGCUGCUGGACUUGCGCAAGUGAACCAACCGCCCAAGAAGAAACAGACAGCCAAUGUCAGAAGGAUCUUGUACAACAAGAAAUCGCUGAAUGACUGGCUGGAUGAGCUGCCAGCCGAACCGAUCCCACCCUACAUCUCAGCUGUAGCUCCCCCACCAAACACUCCACCCCGACGGAUAUGUUCUUCUUGCGGCUAUGUGGGGGCGUACAAGUGCCCGAGAUGCUUGGAAUGGAGCUGUGAUAUGGCAUGUAUGGCCGUGCAUGAGAGGGAUGGUGGAUGUGGGAUUGGCAGAUGAGUGGAGAUAGGCGACAUGGCUGUCCGGGACGACGAGCAGUUGUACAUCAAGGGAAUAGCAGUAUGUUGUAACAUUUACUCAUGAGAUGACAUAGGAUCUACGGAUUCGCCUCAGAAAA